UCGUUUGACAUAUUGACAGUACGAACAAAAACACAAUGCACGUGCUGAAAUUAACUAAAUAAAAUAUCUCAAAUUGGCAUCAAAAGAUAAUUCAAAAUGUCUCGAUUAAUUGUGAAAAAUUUACCAAAUAAGGUAACAGUUGAUUCUUUAAAAGAACUUUUUGGACAAAAAGGCGAAGUAACAGAUGUACAACUGAAGUACACUAAGGAUGGCAAGUUCAGGAACUUCGGUUUCGUGGGAUACCGAUCAGAGGAGCAGGCGUCCGCCGCAAGAGAACACUUUGAUGGAACAUGUGUGCGUUCUAUGAAGAUUCAAGUUGAAAUCUGUGCUAACCUAGGUGAUGAAAAGAAACCCAGAGCAUGGAGCAAGUACGCCCCAGGCAGCACAGCCUACAAAAAACUGCACAAAAAUGAUAUUCCUGAUGAAAAGAAAGAAAAGAAGAAACUCAACAAGAAAGAGAGAAAUAAAAUAAAAAUACUGGAGUUGCUUAAAAAGCAUAAAGAUGACCCCCUAUUCACGGAAUUCAUGGACGCCCACAUGAAUGAUACAACUAGUUGGAUCAAAGAAGCCCUGGAUGAGGCAGCAAAGAGUGAUGAGCAUGACAGUGGCUUGGAAGAUGAGAGCGCUCCAAAAGCAUCAGAAGAGAAAGCUUCCGAGGCACCUGAGCCCAAGAGUGACCAAAACAAUGAAGAUAAAGUAGCCAAUAAGCAGAUCAGUGAUUUAGAGUAUAUGAAACUGCUGAUGAAAAGGGUAGAUGGUUAUACUGAGAAAGCUCCUGAGAAGCCUACUUCAGUUGAACAAGAUAAGCCAAAGAAAGUGAGAAAUAGGCCUCUCUUCCACAUAAAAAUUACAGGUUUACCUUUCACAUGUAAGAAGAAGGACAUCAAAGAGUUCUUUAGGCCUCUGGUACCCUAUUCCAUCAGACUGCCCGGCCUUAAACAAAGGAAAUUGUCAGGCUUUUGCUUUGUUGGAUUUAGGACCGAGAAAGAGUUCAAAAAGGCACUUGCUAAAGACAAAUUGUUUUUAGGAAAUAAUCGUGUUCAUGUCAGUAAAUAUGAAGACAAGGCCAAAAAAGCGGCAGAAGAAGAAGAGAAUGAUGUAAAACGAAAAAAACAAGAGACUCAAGGCAAUGAAGAAUCUAUUGGCGAAAGCGGCAGUAUAUUUAUACGGAACCUUCCAUAUAUCGUGUCUGAAGAAGAAAUCACCAGUCUUUUCGAAAAGUUUGGUCCCCUCGCAGAGACCAACCUGCCCAUAGACGCAGUUACGCGGCAACCGAAAGGAUUCGCCACGGUCACAUUCAUGAUGCCCGAGCACGCAGUUGCCGCGUACACCGCGCUAGAUGGCACCGCUUUCUGCGGCCGCAUGCUGCAUCUACUGCCUGCUAAGGCGGAGAACACCGACAACAGCGAUGACGAGGGACUCACAUUCAAAGAGAAAAAAGCAAAGAAAUUACGGAAGGAAGCGAAAUCCUCACACAACUGGAACUCUCUGUUCUUGGGCGCCAACGCGGUCGCGGACGUCGUGGCGGCCAACUACAACACCACCAAGGACCAACUCCUCAGCGACGAUAGUAAAACUACAAGUGCCGCUGUAAGACUGGCGCUUGGCGAGACCCAGUUGGUCUCUGAAACGAGGCAUUUCUUAGAAAACAAUGGAGUAUAUUUAGACGCCUUCAAUACAGUAUCUAAAAAGAGAUCGAAAACAUGCAUACUUGUCAAGAAUUUACCAGCAAACACCGAUAACGAAGAACUCAAAGCAUUGUUUGCAAAACACGGCCACAUCGCCAGAUUUCUCAUGCCCAAACACGGCAUAUCCGCUCUAGUCGACUUCAUCGAACCGUUCGAAGCCAAAAAGGCCUUUACUAAAUUAGCUUACUCACAGUUCAAGAACGCGCCACUGUAUUUGGAGUGGGCGCCUGAGAAUGUGUUUAUUAAAACGGCAGAGAAAUCAGAAGCGGAACAUAAGCUGCCUAUUGUCGAAGAUGCACCGAAAACAAAUGAAAAGAGGAAACGUGAGAAGACGAAAACGGAUCAGAGUGAAGUAAUGAAUACAGAACAGGUGGAAUCUAAACCUGAAACGGUGGAGGAAAAAGUUGAGAUGGGAGAUCCCGAAAACGAUACCGUGCUAUUUGUUAAGAACCUCAAUUUCAAAACAACUGAGGAUAGCUUAAAACAGCAUUUCCAAGGUUGCGGUAAGUUACACAGUGUAACGAUAGCAAAAAAGAAGGACCCGAAAAAUCCUGGUCAAUUAUUGUCUAUGGGUUACGGAUUCGUACAGUUCUACAAGAAAGCCCAGGCCAAUGAAGCUUUGAAAGAGCUGCAGAGUUCCACUUUAGACGGCAAAACCUUGGAAUUAAAGAGAUCGGAACGAGGAAACACAACUGAGGUGAAGACAAAUAAAAAGGACACGAAACAUACUGCUCAAAAUGGCACCAAGAUACUUGUUCGUAAUGUUCCAUUCCAAGCCAACAGAAAUGAGUUACAGGAAAUAUUCAGGGCUUUUGGUGAAAUAAAAACAUUGAGGUUGCCGAAAAAACUGUCGCCUGGAUCAGAUCAGCAUCGGGGGUUCGCGUUCGUGGACUACCAUUCAAAGGCUGAUGCUAAGGCUGCUUUUGAGGCCCUCUGCCACUCAACCCAUCUUUACGGAAGGAGGUUAGUACUAGAGUGGGCCGAUCAGACAGACGAGAACGAAGAUGUAGACGCGUUAAGGAAAAGGACUGCACAGGCGUUCAACGCCAAGUCGGUGGGCGGCAAGAAAUCAAGGAAAGGAGCCGUCGAUGUAGAAACAUUUGUAGAUGGUGAAUAAUGUAUAAAUUUAAACCACACAU